UUCGUAUAUAAACAACAGCCUGUGAAGUGUAUACAUUUAUUUCUCAAGGUUAUGACAAAAGAUAAGGUUUGAUAAAAUUAGUCGCUACAUAAAAUGAAAGUGUCAAAAAUAUUUAAAGGAAUAAACGCGACAAUGAAAGUUGCAUUAAGGUUGAAAGAGCAGGAAUAUUCAAUAAAAGCACCAUGGGGUAACAUUGCAGCAUUAGCUUGGGGUGAUCCUUCGAAUCCACCAGUGAUUUUGUGCCACGGGAAACUGGAUGCAAGCUCAGGGUUUCGCCCCCUCGUCUCCAGGCUGCCAACCUGCUUCUUCUACUUAAGCAUAGACCUACCAGGGAAUGGGAAAUCGGACCAUUUACCGAAAGGAAUUCGGUAUACCGUCGUGGAUUUGGUACCGACGAUAGUAAAAGUAAAGGACCAUUUUAAAUGGGACAAAUUUAUUUAUAUCGGACAUUCUCUCGGAGUACCCAUUGGCAAAAUCUUCAACAUAGCGUACCCGGGUCAUAUCACACGCGUAGUCGAAUUAGAUCCGGUACCAGCGCACCACACAUGGCCCUUCACCAGACAAGGUCUUCACGAUUGGUAUCACUCCUAUUAUAUGAUGUAUAACGAGGAGAGGUUCCAUAAAUUCAACAGUGGACUGGACACCGCGCCGAAGUACAGUUAUGAAAAGGCACAACAGCUUAUGAUGCAGACACGAGGUUUAUCCAAAGAGGCGACAGAACAUGUCCUAGAGAGAUGCCUGGUCCCGGCAGGAGAUGGUCUUUACAGGUUCACCUUCGACCAGCGAAUGAAAGAAGUAUCAGUAUUCCCAUUUUCCGGAGAAAUGUUAAGAAAAAUAUACACAACCACGACAACACCAACAUUUUGUGUAUUAGCUAAGAAAAUGAUAGAAUUAGGUGUUUACGAACCUGUACCAUUCGUAAUGGAUGAAAAGGCUUGGCCUCACGGCAAUUAUAAGUAUAAAAUUGUAGAGGGCGGCCAUGAUGUGCACAUAGACAAUCCAGAAUACAUGGCUGAUGACAUUUCAAACUUUAUUUUAGAAGGAACGAAGGCGAAAUUGUGAUAUUGUUAUUUAUUAAAGUUUUUUUAAUUUAUUUAUUGUGUUUUUAUAUUUUAUUUAUGUACUUGGACGCCAUCGGCUUAGUGGGCCAAAGGUUAAGUGUCUGCUUCUCAUGCAUGAGGAAACGGGUAACGAAAUAAAGCUAGUAUCUACUUACCUACCAAUGUGACUUUUUCCAAGGUAGUUAUAUGUACUUUCUAUGAUUAUUUAGACACCACUGACAUACGGUGAAGGUAAACAUCGUGAGGAAACCUGGACUUAUAAUUAUUAAUUAUAAGUUUGAAAUCGCCAACCCGCAUUGAGCAAGCGUGGUGAUUAAUGCUCUAACCUUCUC